GUCGCAGCCCUGCACCUGUUGGAUCGCUGUUCUAUUCAUACCGUCCGUGUCUGCAGGCCCUCGUGCUGCAGGCGUGCAGUGCUGCCGCGAGCGUCCACGGGACGCGCCGCACGGCGCGACUCCCCAGUUGUGGGCUCAUCACACACGCGCGCACGUUGCGCGUCUGACAUUGACGUGAGACAGAUUGCGCCGAGACGCCGACGGCGGCUGUCGUCUUCUUCCCUGGGCUCACGACUCAAGACGCCUUUUUGAGACUCUCUCGGCAUGGGACAUACAUAAAGGGCAUAUUGCCGAAUAAGGAAACCGAACCGGGUCAUGGGUCGUGAUGGGUCCCACUGCCCUUGAUUAAGACGGCCUGACAGCAUGCAGCUCGCAUUCGGAUUGGAAGCCCCACGUCACACGUGCCCGGCUGGCUGAGCAAGUGAUGCGGUGCAGGCACUCAAAUAAAUUGGGGCUCGGGCCGUCUGACUGGCAGCGUCGUUCCAGGUCCAUGAUGCAACGCUCACAAGGCUGUAGUCUAAACAUAUGGGACACGUCUGCGAGAUCGAUUGCAGCAGCAGCAGCAACGGGCCGGGGGCAACAUGAGCACGGACGCUGAUCUGCGCCUGUGUGUCAUCGCCCGUUGGCAGCUUCGCGAGAGGAGAAUCUCAAGAAUAGAUGCAGCCCAUGAUUUCGCUUGCAAUAGGCCGGCAGACAGUAAGGGACCACAGAAUCUGGGUAUGAAGAACUAUUACAUGCGUGCUCGGAUUUAGCCUUGACACUUCCGAGUCAUCCGGAGGGGACACGGAAGCGUUUCGAUCGCCAGUCGCACAGCGGGUGUGCGCUGGGGGCGCUGGUGAAGGAGCUGGGAGGUGCUGGGCCGGGGUCCGAGCGGGGGAGAUGAUUGCACUGGACGGAGAGUGAGUCGAGAUCUGCUGAAGAAGCGCUUUUUGCUGCCCGAUGUGCAUCGAGUGGUGUGUGUCAAGUGUGUGAAAGCGGCGUUUCUACGGUUCUGCGUCCGAGAAAGAAAGGAAGAUCAGAUUCAUGAGAUUGCGAGUUGAGGCCGGCAUAAAUGGUACACACCCGCAACUCUGUCCCAACAACGAUUGUCCGACAACCUCAAACUUAACCGUGCCACCAUGAGCUCGUCGCAACCUACCGAUGUCCCGCCAUUCUUUGGCGCGGUCGAAACAACGAUGAAUGCGCUCCGACUCAUCCACGCCGCUCGACAGGGCGUCAUCCCCAGAAUUACCCGGCGUCUCAACGAUGCCGAGCGACGCACCAUGAUCAAGAGCGGCGCGGUCUUCGUCUUCAGCGUCGAGGAGAGUGGGAUCAAACGAUGGACAGACGGCCUCUUAUGGUCUCCGUCGCGCAUCGUCGGGAAUUUUCUGGUGUAUCGCGAAAUCAACGAGCGGAGCAACAGCCGGGGAAGCCACAAGAAGCUCUACCCCAGCGACGAGCAGUCUCGUGCUUUGGCUGUGGGUCGUAGCCCGCUCAGCUAUCGCAGUGCACUCACAGACCUCACCGCGCAGUCCAACGAACACGGGACAUUCAAGCACAACGGCCUCAUCAAGAAGACCAUCACAGUCACCAUCGAGGGAUCCGACCUCCAUCUCAUCUCCUACUACACAUCUGUCGACCAGCACUCCGGCAAACUGAAGCGACCGAGCAGUCGGCCAGACAUCAUGGGCCUCCCAAUGGACCCGCGGCUCUUUCGCGCGACCAACUUCCGAGUCCCGCCCAAGGUGGAGAAGGGCCCCGACGGAAUUUCGCGAUUAGUCGAGACGGAGGAUCCCGACGUCGUCGAGUGCAAGGUCGAGGACGAGUCGUACAGCCUCUCUGUUUCGCCGAGCUCCUGGGGGUCUGACGGGAGCAGCCCCGGUUCCCCUGUGGAGAACUCCUUCGGGAGUGCAACCGCGCUCUAUCCCAGCGUCUCGGCGGCCUCAUAUCCCCGGGUGGGCAGCACAGAUCGCUGGGCGGUGUCCACGGUCCCGACUUUGCGCCCGGACACCUGGUCGCACCACUACUCCUCCGCAAGCCGGCGCGAGAUGGGCGGCGGCGGCCACUCGGACUCGUCGUGGAGCCUCUCCUCCGCCCGGUGGCACGGGGACGCAUACCAGUCCCCGCCCUCCCCGACGUCGAAUGUCUACGUCGACAGAUCCCGCACGCGCUCAACGAAUCCAUACCCGACCCCGCUCCAGAUCCCGAGUCGCAGGGAUGCCGAUGCAGCCGUGUCGCGCUACGGCGGGGGAGCGGAGAGCCGCAGUCGGCUGCCGUGGCUGCUGAGCGGCGAGUCGACAGAGGGCGGCAAGGACGUGUCGAGGGGGUAUUCUGUGCCGUCCGUCGCGCAGGGCUCGAUCUACUCCUCGCCUGCGACAUAUGUCCGACCGAUGUCGUCUCACGGCUACGGCUCAAGUUGGUCCACCGCAAGUUCAAGUUCGCUCUCGAUCUCGACGUCGCCGCAGGCGACAUUCUCGUCUCCGUCGAGUCUCGGCUCAUUUGGUUCCGCGUACACCUCCAGCUCUGGCAGCCCCGAGGACUAUUCAAAUACCGAUGAUUACGGAGAGUCGUAGAAUUGCAGACACUGGAUCGCUCGUCUUCUUGGAAAUUGCCGGAUGCUCUCUCACUGUAUUUUAGCCCCUGUUUUUUUCUCAUCCUCUCGCUCGCAUAAUCUCUGCUGUGUUU